GUAUUCAGUUUCAGCGCUCUUACAUGAGUUCAUAGUCAGAGUUGUGUGAAGUAAUGUGUUGCUUGUACUCUUAUGUUUCCUCGGGAUCAGGGGAUGUAUGUGUGUAUAUGGAGUCAUGAGUCUUUGGAAGCUGCUGCUGUUCUCUAUGCCACUGCAUAUCUUCACUGAGGCUCUAGAGAGAGUCAUUCUCAACAACAAGGAUGCUCUCACCUGUGGACAGGGUAUAAUUGACUGUGAAGCUAAACCAGUGUUAGGACCUUGCAUUGGUAAUGAUGAGAAUGUAUAUGUGAGCAGCCUAAAUGCUUACAUUGUGCUGUGCCAAACCCAGGAGAACUGGAGUCUGUGUCUGAAAAUCUUGGUGAACGUAACAGUCAGAGAUCAGUCUAUGGAUGUUGAACUUGCAGGAGAUGCCAGUGGUGAUGAAGUGGCAGAGGAUAUCAAUGAGGAAGCAUCCACAAGUGUUCUCCAGGAUGACAAAGAAAACAUGACUGCCGCUGCGCUCCGACUGUGUUACACAAGUCCUUCAUUGUCAGAUUCAAGAAUUCUCCGCUUCACAUUUCCCACUUCAGCAUUUAAUGGGGGCAAUACAAUGCAGGUGUGGAUGUCUUUAGUAGUUGUAAUAAGGGACACAGACCUCGGCAGCCCUGUGCUAGUCUAUUCUUCAUGCACAAACUCUAUUAAAUUAAGUCUAGAUACGUUUUCAAAAGAAAAGGUCUGUUACAUGGGUUUAGAUGUUGACUUCUGUAAAGGUGGGCCCAGGCUGCAUUGGAAAACUGAUCCCGUGACAGGAGCAAUAAAACUGUACAUGCAUGAUGCAGAUAAAGAGAGAUUUCAAACAUUUGAGGCAUGCCAAAAAAGAGAACAAGACUGUAUGAAGGUGGAAUGGAAUGACUCACAGCACGAGUUUGAAAUUCCACGCAGCUCUGUCGCACCCUGUCUGUGCUUUGAGAUUUGGGGAGAUUUUCCUCGAAAAGGGUAUUGUCCAUUUUCAAACGAAUCUGUUUCAAAAUCCAGUGUGUCAGUGUCUGUGUCAGCAACUGAAAUGUCAAUGGAAAGUGACCUAACAGCACUGAUCUGGAGUCUCACUGCUCCCUGCCGGCUAGAGACUGAACUGUGGCUUUGCAGGAAAGGCUCCUGGCCUGGCAGCAGCUGUCAGAAAAUAAGCACCAAGCAUCAUGUACACAAAUUCCAGAAUAGCACGUGGUUUAAAACUGACCUCGGACAAUGGCAAUUACAAGGAGAGUUUUCAGAAAUAGAACGUUAUUCUUCAUUGUGUGUCCAGGUAAAAGUGAUGGGAAUGGAUGGUUAUCUAGGUCCAGUGUGCCCGUUUGAAGUGGAGAGGUCACACUGGAGUUUUCUGUUACUGGUGUGUGUGCUGCUCUUCUGCCUGUCUGUGCUGGGAGCCUAUGCAUUUCAGAGUGCACUUAAAAGUUUGGUUUUGAGAUGGCUUAAGGUGGACAAUUUGAACACAGCAGGUGCAGCAGGAAGUGUUGAGGUACUUUUGGUGUUACCACCCAAUGCAGAUCACAGGGUUACUGAGCUGGUCUGUCAUCUGAGCUCCAGUCUGUCCACUCUCGGUUUCAAUGUGUCUCUGGACCUGUGGAGUCGGUCAGAGAUAAACGCUUUAGGUCCCAUUCCCUGGCUACAUUCCCGCCUUGACCAGGUACAAAUUAGCGGUGGUAGGGCAGUGCUGGUUCUGACCCAGAACACUUGUGAACGGGCCAAUGAAUGGGGAUGUCGAGGAGAAGGUGGAAACUACGAACAGAAAGAAGACAAAGAUUUGUGCAUAAAUGCAGACUUUCAAUCAUCAACUUGCUUGGAUCUUUUCAAUGCAUCGUUGAGUUGCAUUCUUGCUGAUUAUCUACAGGGUCAUGUUGGCAAGCGAUUUAUGCUGGUCCAGUUUGAAGGACAACUGCCUGGGUCCCAUGGACAAGUGACCUUGCCAGAGUUCUUUCAUGGGCUGCCGUUGUUUAGCUUGCCCUCUCAGAGUCUUGGCCUCCUAAUGGAACUCACACAUGGGGUCCAUAAUGUACAAGUCAUGGCAAAAUGGUGGAUACGACCCAUGUCAUUGAAAUCAGCAGCACGGACAUUAUCAAGGGGAUUCUCUGGGCUCACAGGAAGUACAUUACAUGGGUCUGGAACAGAGGAUGACUUGGAAAGUGUCCUAUUACAGCAAAAUCAAACCCCAGAAAACCAACUUUACUCACACAAGAACAAUAAGUUGGGUUUAAAUUAAAUUGCUCUUGCAAUUGAUCUCUUUAAACUUAUCUUUGAUAAACAGAAUGACAUAGUCAAACAUUUUGUCAUGGGAAAAUAAUUUCAUUAUGCCUUAAAAUAGC